AUAUUGUACUAUUACUCCUUUUCAAUUUUUACCAAUCGAUCAUAUUAUUCCCAAUCUUAUACCUUCCUCUUUGCACCGUACUUUUUUCCACCGGCGCCGAUUAACCGAUUACGUUUCCGGCGACGUCUUCCGGUCAACACUCCGGCGAGUAGUUUCCGUUGAAAUACAAUGCAAAGCUAGUACUGCGGAUGACUUCAACAUGCAAAUGGUGCAACAGGUCUCCUUAGACUGUGACACAUGCCUCCAUCCCGAGACUUUUAUGUGCAAGGAUGGGUUUUCUGGGGUAACACAAAAUCCUGCAGUGGCACUGCCAGUGAUACCCUCAAAAGAUCAUCCUGUUUCACAGCAGUCUGUGCUGACCCAUGAUCAUGCAGUUACACAGCUGGUAUCAUUCUCCCAAGAUCAGGUUAUACUACCGCAGCCAGCCAAAAGACAGACACGUCAAUGGGCUGCAUGGACACGUCAGGAGGAAGAAAGCUUUUUCUCUGCACUGCGACAAGUUGGGAAGAAUUUUGAGAGAAUUACUAGUCGCGUGCAGAGUAAAAACAAGGAUCAGGUCAGACACUAUUAUUAUCGUCUUGUGAGGCGCAUGAACAAGUUGUUGGGUCCAGAACUUUGUCUGGAUGCCAAAAAUUCCAAGGAGACUAAUGCUGCAAUGCUGCGAUGGUGGUCUUUACUGGAAAAGUAUAGCUGUAAAGCUUCAAAGCUUCAUUUGAAACCACGGAGAUUUAAAAUAUUUGUUGAAACUUUGGAGAGUCAGCUGGUGAAAGACCGCAAAAAGAAUGUAAAAAGGCGUCCUUCUCAAGGAGAAAGUAGCUCUACAGCUGCAGCAUCUCCUUCAAGUCAUGGCAGAGUGUCAACUAAUGAUAGUCGGACAGUUAAAGUGGUUCUUCUUGACAACAAGGACGCACAAAAAUUCGGAUCCGGUAAAGGUCCUUCUGUAAAACGCAAUGUCACUAUGGGUGUUAACAGGGGGAAUGUAAAGGUAGACUCUUCUGUGAAAAAUGCUAGACAUCGCCGAAGGACAGGUUCUUCAUCAACAGCUGCAUAUAAAAGGUGGGAGAAGGCUGCAAUUGCUGGAGUUUCAUUGGUAGCUGAUGCUGCCGAGCAUUUGGAGCGGACAACUAUUGAUAAAGAUGUUGGACCGGUCCAGAAUUCACAGGGUAUAAAUGGCUUUGAACAUGUUGGCAAAGAUGUGCAUUCUUUGUCGACUUUAUCUCAAAUUUUUUUAAAGGAGACCAAUUUACAGAGUUGUAUGAAACUAAAGCUCCAACUGUUUCCUGUUGAUGAAGGAACUAGAAGAGCCCUGGAAAUGGAUAAUCAUAACCCGUUCUUGGAACUCACUCUAAGUAAUCGAAAAAAGAUGUCAUCCGUUAUGGAACAUCUCAAUCGUAAAUGGGGAAGUUCAAGCAUAGCAACUGGAGAACUGGUGCUUUUUCCUUUCCAUGUACAGGUGGAAAGCCUGGUGCGAUCCCUGAGAUGGACCAAAGAUACCACACAAAUUGCAGCAGAUGUGCAUAAUCUGAUUGGAAGACCUCCAGUUUUCCGUCUCAAAUAUGGUUGGUUUCCAAAUGCUGAGCUUGGAACGUCUCAAGAACCAUUGUCAUAUACCGUUCCAUUUGUGCAAAAUACUAACACUAACAUAACAAACGAAAAGAAUGCGGAAAUACCAGCAUCUUCCCAUGGUUCACUUGUACGAUUUUCUAAAGAACCACUACCUUCUAACCCAAGAAUGACUGUGACAUCCUCCUCAAACAAGCUUGGUGAGUCAAACUUGCAAGCUAGCAUGGGUCUGAAUACCUACACUUCUGAUCAUGAUGAAACUCUGCCUUCACAUAGAAGGGAGAACUGGGAUGCAACCACCGCGGAACAAGAUGACAUGCAUGAUAUGCAGGGAACCAAGGCCAGUGCUUUGUCAGCAGGGGAUUGGGAAGAUAGCUUUACCAACAUAAGUGUUGGAGAUCUUCUCUUUGAUGCACCUGAUGAUGAGCAAACAGACUGCGUUGACUCAGCUUUGCCCGGAAGCUCUCAUUUUCUCCAUCAGACGCCAUUAAGCUGCGACUCGUUUGAUGCAGCGAUUGCUGCUCAUAUAUAUAAACAUCAAAGCAAAGCUGAUUCUCAGAUGGCUCUUCCACCUCAAGCAUCUUCCAUUUGGAAUGCUGAAGAUACAUGUGAUGCUUUUGCAUUCAAGAAAAAUGUUGCUUUCCGUGACAAAGAGCAGCGGUCAUCCAGCAAUGUUGGUGCAGAGAAUUCCCAGCGGAUUGCUCAGUCAUCAUCCCUGGUAUUGGAUGCAGGAAUCAAGGAUUUGCCUGGGAACAUGGAAUCGUUCACUGGCGAAACUGCUCAUGAAGACCCAAUGGAUGAGUGUCAAUCCGAUGCACAAGCUUUGGAUGGUUCUGCAAAGGAUCCUAAUGGGCUCUCUGGCAUAUAUUGGACAGAUUCUUUAGGACCGCUAGAAUUGGACGCACCUUCAUGUAGAUAUCAUAAUGAAGACAUAACUCUGAGUGAUAGUUUUGGUGGUUUGAACCGCCUCAUAGUUGACAGCCUGGAUGCAUUUCAAAAUUGCUCGUUUUUUGGGUUGGACAAGAAAGAGCCUGCAUCAUCUACUGCUAAAGCUGUAGAGACUUCAGAUUUAAAAAUCGGCGCUGAAGUCUAAGCUUCCCUCGACUGUGGAACUGUAAGUAAGCGCGGUUUAUUUUGGUAAAACUUAGUUCGCUAACUUAUAGGAAUGCCGCGACAAUAUCAAGUCUACAACUUCCUGCAUGCACGCACGCACGCGAGUAAAGCAUGGCUCUUUAAAAGAGAAAAGGAUUGAGACGCAACGAAGGUUCUCUUUUUUAUGUACAAAAUAUAACUCUUGAGCAUAUCUCAGGUGUCUUUGGAUGUGUACAUUGUGUAGAAUUUAUGUGCAGCAUGUGAAAAUGCCAAUUUUUAGUUUUGGUAAAACUGAUAGAUGUUGCAAAAUUCUGGACUUAGGCACAACAGGGUUGAUAUUGAUGUUAUAUGAUUUGAUAACAAAAAGAAUGUGAAAUUUUAUAAAUUGAUUUGGAGAAACCAACAUUUCAAAACA